AUGAUAACCCACGACCGUUAUUUAAUUAACCAAACUGCUAAUUAUAUUUCGGAACUUUCUCCUGAAACUCACAACUUAACCCAUUUUCGCGGCAAUUACCGAAAUUAUUUACAAGAAAAAGAAAGGCAAUAUCAACGCCUAAAACAAAUGCGAGAACAGCAGGAAAAAGAAAUAAAAUUCAUUGCCAAAAAAUUAGGCGAUUUACAUGUAAAGGAAGCCACCUACAAACCACAAAGGAGAGAUAAUUGCAAAAUGGCUUUUAAUUUUCACAAGGAAAGAAACCAAAAAAAUCACAAACGCAUCGUCGACCAACUAAAAACUAAAAAAACUGAUUUAGUAGAAAAUUUAGUGGAAAUUCCACUAAUGUCUCGCCGGAAACUAGAAAUUGAUUUUUCCUCCGAUAGCAAUUUUGACCCAGAAAAAAUUUUAAUUCAACUACAAAAUAUUGGUAAGUCAUAUGGAGACCAAGUUCUCUUUAAAAAUCUAUUCUUGGAACUUAAACCAAGCGAGAGGUUAGUUAUUAAAGGAGUCAAUGGCACCGGAAAAUCAACUUUACUAAAAAUUGUUAUGGGGAUAAUCCAAACCGAUGAAGGAAAAGUGUCUAUUUCUAACCAAGUUAAAUUAG